AUGGAGAAAAGGUUUGUGAAGAAGAAGCAAAGCAACUCAGAGAUAAACGAUUUGCCAGAUCAAUUGCUUUGUCACAUACUCUCUUUUCUCCCGACAAGAGAUUCAGUUCGAAGCAGCCUUUUGUCGAAACGUUGGAGGAAUCUCUGGUUACAGGUUCCUGUUUUCGACUUGGACUCACUCCAGUUCGAUGGUGAUGUUUUUGGUUUCAUCGAGUUCGUCGAUAGAUUUCUUGAAUCUGACAAAAAUCUAGCCUUGAAUAGAUUCAAGUUGAUCUAUCACUAUGAGGAUAUUGAAGAUCACGUUUUGGAGAUCGAUGCUCCAAGGCUUGAGCGUAUGAGUCUUUGUGAUCACUUAUCGCAGGAUGGUUAUACAUCACUCGACCAAGAUGAUGAUGAUUCUAAUUCCAAGAGGACUAUGAUCCGUAAUUUCCUUACCGGGAUAUCCACAGUCUGCUUCAUGGAGAUCUCUUCUGAUACUGUAGAGGAAUUUGAGUUCGGUAAAGAGGAAUGGCCAAUCAAACUCUCCUGUGUGCCGCCUUGUUUCGUAUCGUCCCUCAAGUAUGUUGCGCUUUCGACACCAGUCACAACAAGAACAUCAAGCCUGAUGAAAUUAGCAAUAUACUUUCUGAGGAAUUGUGCUGCCCUGAAGAAACUGACUUUAAGCGAGGAUUUUGGUGAUGACAUCAUUAAGAAAAUCAAAAAGAUUCCAAGAAGGUCUAGAAGGUGCAGCAUUGUCACUGGUUGGCUUGAGCCACAACUUAUAUACCGUAGACAAGAUGUAGAAUGA